AUGCGGCGCUCGACGCGACUAGAACACGCGUCAUCGGGUCAGGCCCCGCGCAUGUCCGAAUUAAUUGCACAGCAUGCGCAACUUGUGCGUCAGGGCACAGACGAGUCAGAUGACGAGUGGAGACCUGACGGUAAAGCAGACACAAAGGAGGAAGAAGAUGGUGAGUUCUCAGGCUCGGCGUCGUCAUCUGAGGGAGGAAUGGCCAAGCGUUAUGGUCGAGUGAACAAGCGGAAGAUCUUGAAUAGUGACGGCAAUGAUCAGGAGAAGAGACCUACUGGACCUCGGUCGAAAAUGAAGAAGAUGAAGAGGGUCAAACGUCCGAUCGAAAAUUCUUCAACUGCAUUUCCGUCAUCGCCUCGAGGGAAGGCAAAAAAAAGUGUUGCAACAGCUGUGAAGCGUUCUGCCGCUGAGAUUAAAGACGAGACGAAACGACCUGGAAACAGGAUGGAGUCGAUGAAUGAAAGGGAGACAGUGUCGGAUCCUCAUCGGCGGCCCAUGAAGCAGCCGAAACGUGCCAAUGUUCGUAUUAAAGAUGACCGCGUGGCGCAGCAGACGACGGUCUCGCACAGUGGCUUGCCGUCAAAUUAUACACUGGACAAUUUUUUUGACGAAAUUCUGGAGUGGAAGUUUUUCGAGGCGUUGAGGCAGGGAGCACAAAGUAGCCAUUCAUCUGCUACAACAACCGACGUAUCUGAGGAAGGCGAAGUUGGCAGUGAGGCUGAGGUUGAGAAAGUGCCAAGCAAGUUUCGGUCAUACGAGCACUACUUUUCGGUCUGGAAACCACUUGCGCUCGAAGAAGUACAAGCGCAGACAAUCAACGCUGUGACUUCGGUUCAUCCUAGCCCGAUCCCGGUCACCGUAAAGGGCUUUGGAGCAACAUUCAUCUCUACGAGCUGCAAGAUUCGUGUAGACUCGAAGAAGAAAAACGCAUCUGGUACGCGGCGCGGUCCGCUCAACGAUUUAUUCAUAAACGAUUUGGUGCUCAUAUCGCCAGAUGCAGACUAUUUCCGUACAGCAUUGGCUUCAUCGAAGGGUGGUCAUAGUGAAAGGGGCGAAACAAAUGGCGACGCCGCGACGGAUACUCCACCUCUUGGGUUUCUGGCCAUUGUGGCAACCCAGAAAGCGUCAAAAGAGGGGCUGACUAUGACCAUCUUGAGGUCGGGAUGGGUGGCAUUGGAGAAAGAAAAGAACAUCCAUCUUUUCAAGCUCAAUAACCUCAUCACUAGCGUCCGCGAGUUCCGUGCGCUUUGUGAAUGUAGUCGUUACGGACUGCUACCUCUGCUACUUUCAGGCAAGCACAAACAAGAAAACAUGCAGCUUGAUUCGCUUGGACUCAAGUACGUCCAAUGGCUCUCGAGAACUUUCAACGACUCGCAACGUGAAGCCAUUACGGCAGCCGCAACAUCAGAAGGGUUUACUUUGAUAAAGGGUCCCCCAGGUACCGGCAAAACUACUACACUCAAAGGUCUGCUGAACUCAUUGCAUUUGCGCGAGUAUAAUCGGUAUUACAACGCCGUAUUGGAUGUGGCGCGUCGUCCAGAUAAUCAGACAGCAAAAGCGUGGGCUCGGGUGGGAAAUGAAAAACCUCAUAUCCUCGUCACCGCACCAUCCAAUGCUGCAGUCGACAACAUUGUGAGCAAGGUGAUUGAAGAGGGAUUCUGCGAUGGCGAAGGACGACGAUACUUUCCUAAAAUCGUUCGCGUCGGACGAGGCUUGAGUGCAAAUGUACAAAGCGUUGGCUUGGAGAACCAAGUAGACCAAAUUUGCAGCCAACCGCUCGAAGUCAUCGAGGGCCAAAUUGAUCGCUUGCGGCACGAGCUGAUGGUGGUGGAGCGUGAUUCGCUAACAUUACGAGAUCAGUUGCGGGAUAUCGUUGCAUGGAUCGAGCACGAUCCAGUGAGAGCGUUAGAAGAGAUUGCUCAGGCGGAAGCGCAAAGAAACAAGUCUGCGGCAUCCGCGCUUGCUCCGGCUGAUUUGCCACAAUAUACUCAGCAUCCGCAGCCACAAGGCUCGUCCUCCUCUUCAGCUACUGCCGAUGAACCGUCUCCGCCUCUGCCGCAAGUAUCAGCAAAUUCAGACCCCCCUCCGCAGCUUCCUUCAGCUACUGGGUUUACUGCUAAGCGUUCCUGUAUGGGAGAUGCUAGCAUAGUAUGCGACCCUGGUUGUGGUAUCGUUGAUAUUGGAGAAGCCGAUACUGAUGUGCCAGAAGAAGAGGAAGAAGAAGAGGCGUUUCCUGCUUCCUUUAUGGAUCCACCACCGGCUUGGGAUGAGCAACACGACAUGUUCAAUGCUCGAGCAAGUGGACAGGCUCUGAACGCAUUUUUGGACGAUGGCAGUGUCUCUGAAGAAGAUGAACCACUCCCGGGUGGAGCUGGCUCCAACAGAACUGAAGGCCACGAGGGUCGUGGCGAACCCUCAUCUAGUGUACCCCAGUUACAGACAGGUACUGCAACACCCAGCGAAAAGGACACGAAGAGUUAUCGCAUUGACCGUGCGACCGUGUCAUCAGCGAGUAAUCCGAUCAUAGUCGACGGUAGUAGCAGUGACGAUACGUCUGAGCAGGACGAACCCUUGCCAGGACGAGAACAAAACGCUGACGAACGUGAGCAGGACGAAACCUUACCAGGACACGAACCAAACGCUGAAGAUCGUGAGCAGGAUGAGGAGCUGCCGUCGAUACCGGGGCAACCAAAGGAAAGUCAGUAUCACGAAGUGAUUAACUCUCCUCGCAGCCUGUUACCGUCAUCGCCACCUCCGCCUCCACCGCCGUUGUCACCAGUAUCUCCACCUCCACCUCCUCCAUUACUGCUACCGCCAGAUCUUCCUGAUGGUCACGACCGCCCGUUGUCUCCGGCCGUUGUUAUAUCGCAGUCUCCGCGUCCGCCUCCACCUACAACUCCUGACAUAGCGGAGACAAAAAGGUGUGACGUCAUCGACUACUCAAGGUAUCAUCCAUACGUGGCCAUGGCCCAACGAAUCAACGGAUGUUUGGAGAAGCUUGCUGAGGUCAAAUUGGAGUUACAGCGGCAUCAGUUCGCUCGUCAAGCAGUUAGUGAAAUGAGCGGCAAAUUGUCACAGUCGACGCGGCAAUCUUUGGAAGUUUCAUUUCUAGAUACGGCUCACAUUGUAUUCACCACGCUGAGCAGUGCAGGUGUUGCUGCACUGGAUGCGAGUGCCAGAUAUGAUGUGCUGGUCGUCGAUGAAGCAGCUCAAGCUGUUGAACUGUCUACCAUUAUUCCGAUGAAGUUUGGCAGUAAACAGUGUGUGCUAGUCGGCGAUCCACAGCAGCUUUCGGCAACUGUUUUUUCCCGUAAUAGCGGCCAGUCUUUGUAUGAGCGGAGUUUGUUCGAGCGAUUGGAAAGCUGUGAACACCCCGUGCACAUGCUACGAACGCAGUACCGCAGUCACCCGAUGAUUUCAGAUUUCCCGAGGAACUACUUUUACAAUGGAAAGCUUCAAGAUGGAGACAAUGUGAAAGGGGGCGACUACGUAAAGCCGUACCACAACCUUGGCCCCGCGUUCAUGCCGCUGGUAUUUUGGAACCUGCUCAGCAGUCGCGAAAAAGCAACUAAAUCAGUGUCACGAUUGAAUGUCGGUGAAGCUGAUCUGGCAGUGAACUUAUACCUUACACUGAGGAACUCUUGCCCUUCCGACUCGAUUGCUGGCAAGGUUGGUAUGAUUACGCCGUACAGCCAACAAAUGGAAGAGCUGCGGCGUCGUUUCCGUCACGCGUUAGGUGAGCGCUAUGAGCAAGAGGUGGAGAUUAAUACUGUUGACGGUUUCCAAGGACGUGAAAAGGACAUCAUCAUUCUGUCUACCGUUCGAGCUGACCCGAAAGCUGGUGUUGGUUUUUUGAACGAUAUUCGGCGAAUGAAUGUGGCACUCACUCGAGCCAAGUUUGCAUGCUAUGUGAUUGGCAAAGAGAAGACUUUGCGUUCCUCGAAGCCUUGGUCGGCUCUGUUGGAUCAUGCGUAUAACCGGCAAUGCAUUGUCCAUGUGGAAAGCCCGCUGUGCAAUCUUCUCAAGCUGCAGCCGCUGGAGCAACCUGCUGAAUCAGGAAGGAGUUAUACGGCAGGGACACCAAGAAGCUUGCAGCAUCAACGUCAAAUGCCACCGAAGCAACAUGACGCAAGUCAGAUGGUGCCACCUGGCUUUCAUGCACCGUACGGACCAUCAGGUCAUAGAUGGAACGGUAGUGGACGAGCGAAUGAUGGAACGCAUGGAGGGCGAUGGAAUGGUCCAAGAGGAGGUCGCGGUAAUCGUGGGCGGCGUCGAGAAGCGCCAAUGCCACCAUACGCGUCACAUCAGCAAUUCGGGCAGGGUCCGGGUCCGCAAUAUCCACGGCAACCUGCACCCGGUGAAUUUGAACAGCACACGUCCAUGGAUAGUGUAAUGCAGCGUGGAGGAAGACCUCCUGCAGCAAUUGCACCCCCACCACCCGCUCCGGGUUAUCCUGUCUCUCGCGGCCCGGCCCCAGUCUUCCGCUCUGCUCCCGUGCAAGCUGCAGGACCGUACCCUGCAAUUGCCGCUUCUACGUUCCCUCAGCCAAUGACUAAUGGUCCAGGACGUGCUAAGCCCCGAGAUCCUCGGCACCGCGGAGGAAGGCAAACAGGACCUUCUGAUGCCGAUGAUUGA